CUAACCUCCCUCACUUGCCAAUCCCCAGUGACCUCACACUUCUACAUUUAUACAUUCGCACAUGCACUUGCAUCCCCCCGUGGCACCUUUACCAGCCUCACAUCGGAUGUGAGUUUCUUUUUCCCGCUCCCGUCGUCCUAUCGCCUCCUGCUGACAACCACCUUGCUCAAUCCCUGGACCUGUAUGGUUAGCCGCCUCUCGAUCCACAGGCGGCGACCCUCAUCGACACAUCAUACGUAACGGUUCUUGAGUAACCUACCGGGACACUUGUCUCGUUUCCUCUCUCUCGUGUCAAAAUGUAUGUUCCACUCCUAUGGAGUCCCCUCGCCUUCGUCCUAGCCUUGUGCUGCGGAAGAGUGCAUCCGUGCAGAGCCUCGCUUCCAAGGAGGACAAGACUGACUCCCCGCGCUUUUCCAGGAAGUUUGGGAAACACAUUCAAAAGCGGCAGCUGGAUAUACCCGAAUAUGCUGCUAGCUUUGUCGAUUACAAGGCCCUCAAGAAGGUUUGUUUUCACAUUGAGAGUGAGAAGUUGCGGAGACUCAGAGUCUGAUGCCGCCUUCUAGCUCAUCAAAAAGCUCAGUGCAACCCCUGUCCUACCAGCUCAG